UUCGGAACAACUGUCAUCUGCGGCAACUGUCAGAAAUUAAAGUGAACGCGAGGAAAACAGUGUUUUUUUCUGUUUGACCGAAAAAAUGUUUACAAACGCAAUUGCAAAAUUGCCACAGAAUUAUGGGAUUCUAAAAACUGUGUGCCCGGCUGUGCUCAGCGUUCGAAAUGGCCAUCGAAUUCGUGGUAAACCUCAUGGCGUUGCCAAAACCAUUGAACAGCGGCUGGAAUAUGAAGAAGAAAAGCGGAAACGAUUUGAUGCUGAGAAGAAACCAGUUGAUAUUGGAUACCCAGUCGCUCGACUAUCGCGAUCGCAGGAAACAAAGUUGAAAACCGAACACCGACAAAAAUUGAAAAACAAUGCGGAAAUUGAGCGACUUUCCAGGCAUCUCAAAUUGGAAGUCGACAGCGAACAAGUGAAGGAAGACUGGUUAGAAACGGAAGGACAGUUUCAAAUAAAAAGCAUAGCACAACAUUAUGGCAUUUAUGAGCAUUUAUUUGGAUAUGCAUACUUUGUUCCAAGAAUAACGCUUGACAUUAAGUACGCUGUAUCUGAAGAUGAAUAUGCUCCGGUUUAUUAUGGAAAUACACUUAAACCAACACAUGCCAAAAAUCCACCCGAAGUUGCAUUUGAUGCGAAGAAAAAAUUGGUUAAUGGUCAGGCUGAUGGUGACACAUUAUGGACACUUGUUUUAACUAAUCCCGAUGGACAUUUCACUGAAAAUGACAAAGAAUAUGUUCAUUGGUUUGUAGGAAAUAUUCCGAAUGGUGAUGUCUCAAAAGGUGAAGUGAUCGUGCCAUAUUUGCAACCAUUCCCACCAAAGGGCACCGGUUAUCAUCGGCACAUUUUUGUUUUAUACAAACAGAACAAACAAAUUGACUACAGCAACUACCGCGUAGAAUCAGUUAACGAUCUGGCGAAGCGAACAUUCAAAACAUAUGACUUCUACCAAAAGUUACAAGACAACAUUACGCCGGCUGGUUUGGCAUUCUUCCAAUCCGAUUACGAUACAAACCUUACGGACUUUUACCACAAUGUGUUGAACAUAAAUGAGCCAGUUUUCGAGUAUGAUUUCCCAAGAGCAUACCAUCCACCUGAGAAAUAUUUCGCAUUGAGACAACCGUUCAAUCUCUAUCUUGAUCGGUAUAGAGAUCCAAAACAGAUCAACAAGGAGUUCUUAACCCGUGAGCUGAAGAAAAUCCAUCCAUUCGAUGGGCCUGCACCGAAGAAGCAAUUCCCAGGCGCUCAUCCACUGAAGAAUAUUCCACAAUGGUUGAUCACCGAAAAGAAGAAAUCACGAUUGGGUCACGGUCGUAUCAAUGAAAUCCGAGAAGAAUAUCGAUAGUCAUUUAAACGUUCAAUUUAAUCUAUUCACAAUUUAUUUGUCUUUUGUUGCAAUUUAAUAUACAAUUCUACUGUAGAAUACAAUUGUUGAAUAAAGAAAUUUUACCGAAAAAUAAAAUAAUUGAAAAGAAGAAGAAA